AUGACGGAAGCUGGAUGGAAUUUCCCAGACGGAAACGUGACCGACUUGAUCGAGAGGAGGAAGACGGAUUCUAUCAAGGUAUUUGACGUUGAUGGAGUGUGGGACGAGGCUAUUCUAGGAUUUCUUUGUUCUUCCUCGUGAUCAGCCGGAGUGUAUGCCAAUUUCUUGUUGAUUAUGCUUGUGUCUCUUCCUACUUAGAUCUUCUGGAUUAAAGGGUAGAGGUGACACCGUCGGCGUGGGGCUCGUCGGUUCUGAAGUAGUCCUGUGUACGACGGGAUGAUAACCAGUUAUCCCUUUCACGAUUAUUUUUGGCGUUUGAUCGUUUUUUUGAUUCCCCUGGUUUUCUCUCACGAGAGGUUUGGUCCUUUUGUGCGACAAAUAAUCCCGUGGGACCCUUUGGAACUUGAUAGAGGAGAAAUACUAACAUAUGCCUAUUCAUGGUUUAAGACAUUUGAUUAGUCUCCCAUGGGCUCUUGGAUGUUCGGUGACCUUGUGGCAUUUUAAGAAUUUAUGGUCUUGGAAGGAAAAAAAAACCUAUUUCAAAGCAUAAUCGGCUUCCAGGAGGAACAAGACCAAACAUAUAGUCGACACAUUGUUAUCCAAGGUCUAAUUUAGCUGGUUUCAACCUACAACUACGAAAUCAAUUUUCCAUGCGACAAUUCUCUAGUUAAGAAUAAUUGUCUUCUUUGCUUACUGUUUCUUUUUGUUCUAUAUACUUGUCAAGUAUUUUAAUUUUUCUUCUGUGGGUAAUCCAUUUUUAUCGUUAAAUAACAUCUGAGCUAGAAGACUUUUCUGCCCGUUUAACAAAAUUAAUGAAGCUCCAGUAUAUAUUGGUGGGGAUGGGAAAGGGAAGCAUCAUGAGUACUGUUAGAACAUUAUUUCAAUGCUGAUGAAGCUUGAUGGUCAUGAAUGGUUAUUCCAACAUUUGUGAAGAUUGAUGGCACAUCGUAAUGUAGAAAAUUUAUGUAUUUGAAUAUAUUUGACGUGUAUUGUCAGUAAUUUUGGUAUAUACUAUUGAUGUUUAGGAAAAAAUUCUGAAUGUUGCCUUAGAAAUCUGGCAAUGUUGUUGAUACAUCUCACCCCUAUAUUCUUUUGCGGUAGAUUGUUUUCCCAAUAAAGCUCUGUUACAUUUUGGGGUUGGUUGGCUCCAUUUCUGGCGAACCUGAACCAAUCAUUCACUGUGCCUGCCUUCUACUGUUUUCUUCUUGUUGUGACUUUAAUAUCUUAUUCUAGUGUUGAUCCACUGCAUCCUCACUGUAUGAUGUUUGGAAGGUUUUUGUGAAUCUCUCAGCAUCUGUUGACCACAUGAAGCAGUAUUGCUAAUUUUAAUGUAUGAAUUGUAUAUUGUUGACCUUAUGUUCAACCUUUUUUAAGUAUUGAUUGACUGUGACUGAUGGAACGUUUCUUAAUGAUCAUUCAGGAUAUUAACUACAGGUUGCAUAGCCAUUCAUCUUUGAUACAAAGACUCGCCCUAGAGAGAGAACUGGAGGUUUGUUGGGCUGUUGAAAGAGAUUGGUUCUAUUUUCUUUCAUGGCUGCAUGCGUACAUCAAAAUGAGCUGGAUCGAGUUGAAAAGCCUACACUAUCAUUAAAUCUGCGUGAUAGCCUGAAUACAAUUGUGUUGACGUAUUCUUUACAAUUUCAUUUGUAUCCCCUUACCUAUUUUGAAGUUAUUGGUUUCUUGUGGUUAUUUUGUCUUCUUCAAGGAAGGUGCACUUAGGGUGGUAUAUGGUUGUGCUGACCUAGAGAUAUGCUAAUUCUGAGUUAUGGAAUCGCAUCCUUGUUUUUCCAUGGAUUCCUGAUAGCCUACAAGAGUUGACUGAAAUAGUUGAGAGGACUUGAUGAAGGAUUUGCAUGGGUGGAGAACGAUUUUCCUACUCUUCUUGUGUUUCAUUUGGUGAAAUCAUGGAUGGAAUGCCAAACGAAGUAAAUAAAAAUGAACCAGAUAUCAGCUGGUCCUAUUCCUGAACCAUGGUUUAUCAAUUGGUUUUCAUUUUUUAUAAACAUUUCGAAAAAACAUACUGAAAAGUUUAAAGAAGUUAUUUUUGUGUGGAAGUUUUCUUCAUCGUGAUGGGGAAUCACUGUAGUUAUGCUGGUUCGGAUUUAACAGUCUGGCAACUUUUCGAUCUUAUUUCAACCAUUUUAGCUCUAGGCUCAUCUUUCAUAAUUGCAACCAAUUUGAAUCUUGGAAUCCUCAAUGUUUAAAUGAGAUAUCGGUCAUUGGUUUCUCCCUCAUUUGGUCUCGGAAUACUUUGUGCCAUUUGUUUCUGUUGCAAUUGCAUUGAUUUUUUACCACGGUGGAAGACAUACUUCUUUUCUUGAUUUGGAGAAUAAAUUAAUGGUCUCAUAUAAACAAAGGUCAGCUUUCAAGAGCUUUACUUUUUAGUCAUAAUUUGGCCACUUGAUUAUUUUAAGUGGAGAACUUCAUAUAAUUUUUCUCAAACUUGUCUCUUCCCUCCUAAGCUAGUUCUGUAUUUUUAUGCAUUUAAGCUCUGAAUAUUGUUCCUUUGUUGCUUGGGCUAGGAUUGUGUGAAUAUUUGCUGCCAAGUGAUUUUAUGCAUGCUUUCUAUUCAUCCAAAAUAAAAAAGGCAAAAGGAUGGGAUCAUUUCAUUCAAUCUGGUCAGGUUAAGGCUUACAAUGAUGGCAAUGAGCUGAUAUAGAUAGCUGUACUAAUUUAUUUCUAUAUGUCUUCAGUCACUUGGGCGUGACGCUAAAUAUUCUUGAUUAUGAAGGAGAUUUAAGGGUUUGGACGGGAUAUCUUUAGCUCUCUAUUGACAUUUUACAAUUGCCUCGCACAGGGUCAUGAAGGAUGUGUUAAUGCUUUGGCAUGGAAUUCAAGGGGCUCAUUUUUGAUAUCAGGGUCUGAUGACCUGCAGGUACAUUGCUAUUCUUCUUUCCCGCAGUGUUGUCAGUUAUACACAUGAUUCAUGCUAUCUAUCAAAAUGAUAAAUAAUGUUAGGCCUGUGAUAGGAUGCUCAGAUGAAACCUUAACUCAGACCCUAUUGUAGACAGUUAAAGCAAGGAUAAGCAGAUAUCAAUAUAGGUUAAUACACGCAUUUCUUUUACUAGCAAACAUAAUUUGGUUAACCAAUCUUAUCUUAUUAGUGUGUUGAGAUCAUAAUAACUUGCAUCGAUUUUCAAUAGGACGAAGUCAGUGUUUUUAUCAGUGGGGCAGAAGCUGCUUCUAUUGUAUCCUCUUCCACUAAAGAAGAGAAAAGUGCAGAGAGUAAAUAAAGGCAAGAAGGAUGAAUGAGGGAAAAGAGGGUUUAGGGUGUAAAGGGGCAUAAAUAAAUAAACCAAAAGUUGAGGUUGUUGGUUGAAGUCCAUUACUAAAUUUGCCUUCCGAGUCCAUGACCAUUUUAGGUAUUGUCAUGUCGAUUAGUAAUGUUCUUACAUUUCUCAGUGAAGGGUCACAUAUGGAUAACUUUUGUCUUUUUUAUUUGCUGAUAGCCAAUGUUGAAGUCAUUUCUUCUUAAUAUUUCGCUAUAACAGUAUUGAACUUGUUGCCCAAUGGUUCUACAUAAGUUUUAUAUUCCAUCUCUUUCACAACUCUUGCAUCAAAUUUGCGAUGUAUUAUGUUUAUUGUAGUUUAUUUGGGUGAAGAGAUGUCAUUAAUUGGUCGUUUCAAAUAUUUGGUGUCAACCCUCAUAUUCCUCCCUCUUAUUAGAAUCUCUUGAUUUUAAUUUAUUGUGUUGAUGGUACGUAACUUCAAAGCUCAUAUUAUUGCUCCAUAGGUGCAUGCCACCAGUUAAUUCCAUUUAGUGCCUGCCAGAAACUUUCUGUAGCUCCUACAUCUAGUGUAUACUUGCAUCCUUUCAAUUGGUAUUUUGGUCAGUUAAUCUCCUUGACCACUAUUUUUGAUGAUAAGCUUGAUGUUGUUGACGCAUGCUAAAUAAGAAUAAACAGUGGGGAAAAAAUUGUCAUAUCAAUCCAUAUAAAAAUUACCCUGACCUCAAAAAGAGGAAAAGUACAUAUGUUGAAUCCCAAGAUUUAUAGGAUAUUCAACCAAUUUAGGAAACUGAUAAAAAACUUAACUCUUAAUUAAAUGUUUUCUCCCACAGUUGUGUAUAAUGAUAGCUGGGUGAUCAAUAAUGUGAUGUAUCUUAUGUGAGAUCCUCCUCUUCAUUGUCUUAAUAUUCACUGACUAAGAAAAAGUUUUACUUGACCAGCCUCCUAGUCUCUGAUAUCUCAACGUGCAUACAUUAAAUUAUAUGGAUAGCAAAUGUACAUGGUCUUUCUACCUCCAUGAAUCUACCUGUGGUAUUGUCAGUGCUCUCUGGAAGAAGGUCAACUAGUAAUAUUGCCUAGUCUCUUCCUCCAUAAAGUUCUUUGUAAACAUUGAAUACCACUCUCCUACCUUACUAUGAAACAUCUCUACCAUGAUAACGCCCUAUCUUCCCCUAACCUGCAGGCUAAUUGAAUCUACUUAGAGAGUGCAUCAGUACAUCCUUGUGCUUUAAGAUAAGGCUCCUUUAGCUCUUGCUUUGACGAAUCUUAGUAGCUUCCAUCCCCUGGAGGCAUUGCUUGUAGUUGUAAGCUUUAAGUCCCACACGCUGGUUCUCUAGGUCCAUGUUUAGUCACUUCUAGAUAAUAACUCAGCCUUGAGUUCACUUAACUCUAUUUGGAUAUCGGGUGGAUAUGGGUCAUUUGAUAAGAUUAAAACGAGAGAGGAUAGGUAAAAAAUAACAGUAAAUACUUUUUCGCAUGUUGGUAUUGUUAAGCGCACAUUUGUUACUGGCAGGACUCAUUCAAAUGGUUGGAUUCCUCUAAUCCACCACAAUUCUUCUAUAACUUUUACUGCAUUACAUUCAGUAUCUCCAUGCCAAGAACAAGAACGAGAAAUGAUGAAGGGCCUCCUUAUGUGGAUAGGUGGGAACCUCUAAUCCUCCCUAGUACACAUCCUUUAUAGGUGACAAGAACUAAAAGGAGAGGGGAUAGAUGAUGUCCUUAUCUGAGGAAUCUCUUGCUGCGGGAGACUCUAGUUUCUAGUUAGCAAAAAAUCUUGUACGAUCCAGAAUGAAAACACUGUUCCUUUGCACGCCAUCACGAUAGGAACAAAUAGUGCAAGAAAAUAGACAGCCCUAUAUAUGAUAGCAUAUCCGCUUAUUCUGCUUGCAAAACACGUAGUCCUAACUCACCCUGUUAGAAAAGAAUAUUUCUCCUUUUUGACAAUCGAUGUGGAACACACCAUGUGCUUGAUUUUAGUAGAAAUCGGGACACCAAUUUAAAUGUUGGUUGACCGAUCAAAGAAGCAUCCGCCUUGAGUAGUCACAAAAAGAGUUAUGUUUUUAGUUAGGCUCAUUAGUGGAGAUCCUUGCUUUCAAAAAAAGAUUUAUAUCAUACGAAUCAGGCAAAAAUCCUUUUUCCAGGGUGGUUGCUAUGAUGUCUAAGGGUGGGCGAAAAUAUGGGACAUGGCGGUAGGGCUAGUAGGAACUUAGAUACAAGUAUAACAAGCAACAAUAAAUCUUUGAUGGAAAGUUAGAUUGAAGGUUGGAAACGAUUAUACCGUGAAUCCAUGGGAGGAGUCCUAUAGCCAACAUUCUUAAAGAAAGCAGGCCACCAACUAUGCUCUUGAUAAUGUAGAGAUCUCACACUGUCCCAGAGAUGCUAGGGAUUGAGCAAGGACAAAAUAACCCUCAUCUUCACGCUUUGGCCCCCCCAAUGGUCACACCAGAGAAGAAUCUUCGUGACCUUCCUGGGGAAAGAGUUAAGAGCAAAAAUUUCGUUCAAAAAAUGACUUGUAAUUAAGUUCAAUCGCCUAUUUAUGGGAGAAAUAUAACACAUUUGAAGGGGCGCUGUUAGAUCUGGCCUGUAAAUCUCAACGUCUCCCAUAGCCAAAACAACAUCUGCCUUACAUUUGCCUUAAAAAAUGUACAAAUCAGUUGCAAUAGACUAGAAUCUUAAAUUCGGCGAUAAAUGUUCCUAAAAGGUAGGGCAAGCGGUUGGGGUAACUUAGGGUCUUAAAAUCGACCUUAAGAUAAACUAGGACUUAGUGAGCGACGAAAAUCAGAAAAAAACUCUAUUUCAUUGUUCAGCAAGUUCUAUAAGAUGUCAUUCUCGUAGUCAUAGUGAAAUUGGUACAUCAAUGUGCUUUCUUCGAAUGUAGACCAAUAUACUGGGUGCAUGAUUGGCUCUGACGUCCUCAUGAACCAAUUCUUUGCAGUGCAUUUUUAUGGCGAUGUUAGACAUGCUGCCUGUAACUUCCUCUUUCCUGCUUGUCAUAUGAAUAUAUUCUUUUCUGUGUUAGUGCUUACCGUAACCUGGAUAGCUAUAUUUUGGUUAACCAUUUAACAUCUUUUACAUAUCUGAAUCUUCAUUCUCAUCAUUUCCUUAGCUUACUUUCCCACUGAAUCAUUUUGCACAGAUCAAUAUUUGGAAUUAUGCAGAGAGGAAGCUAAGCUGCCGUGUUGACACUGGCCACUCUGCUAACAUUUUCUGCACAAAAUUUAUCCCAGAGACUUGUGAUGAGCUUGUCGUUUCUGGUGCUGGAGAUGCAGAGGUAACUUUCUGAUCAGCUUCGGAAUUCUGUUCUGUAUCUGGAUCUUUGAUUCGUGGUUUGCUUACUGACCUACUGAUUUGGAUCAGGUCCGUCUUUUCAAUUUAUCUCACCAAGGAGUGCAGAGUGCUCCAGAGCCAUUAGCACUUUUCCGAUGUCAUUCAAGGAGAGUCAAGAAGUUAGCUGUAAGGCCUUAUCCUCAUUUGAACAUUAGUUUUUUCUUACAUGCUUUGCAUCAACGUUAUUUUGAAGUUUGUCUGCAUAGGUUGAGCAAGGAAAUCCAAAUGUAGUGUGGAGCGCCAGUGAAGAUGGGACUUUGAGACAACAUGACUUUCGAGAGGGCGUUUGUUGCCCCCCUUCAGGUUCUCCAAGCCAGGAAUGCCGCAGUGUAUUGGUAUACAAUUGUUUAUGGUAUUGUUUAUCUAUUCAAAUUUUUUAUUGCAAUAGUUACAGCUUUGUCAAUCCAAAAGUGACACUCUGAGACGUGGUCUUUUGACAAGCUUAUAAUAUGAGCCCAGCUCGACAUUUUGGGAUUGAAACCCCAAUUAGAUAUGAAGCGCAUUUACGAAUUCUUGAGAUGAAGAAUAUUUAAGAAUUUUGAAAACAGAACUAAUUUAAAAAUUGGUAAAACUUUCUAUCCACGAAUUCAUGGUCAGGAAUGCAUUUAGGCUUCAGUAGCAUGGUGUUUUUGCCACUAGAGUAAAGACUACAUCUGGUUUUUAGGUCCAUGAAGCUUGACGAUUAAACUUGGGUUCUUGCUAGGCCAUUAUUUGGGCCAUUUUUUGGAUCCAGAUAUCAACAAUCAGUGGGAUUGUGAGUUUUGUCGUAAUACCCAACUGAGCUCAUGACUGGGCUCAACAGAAACGGUCCAAACCAUUGAUUUUUUUUGGUAUCUUGAAUCCAAUAGGUUUCUGCUAAACCUCCAGGUCUUCUAGGAACCGGGCUUGUUGAUAAGAAGGGUCACACCUCUUAGCCUAUUUGGAACACGAGCUAUUUUGAGCCUAUUUUUAUUGGGUGUAACCAUGUAAUUUAUUUUCCCAACAUUGUUUUUGGUUCUCCAAAUUUCCUGAAGAUUAUGGAUGUGCAUUAUUUUUGGGCCCAACCAUUAAACAGAGUAUCAUUCUCCCAUGGAUUCAAGCCGCUCUUCAUUUUCUCCUUGACUUCCACUACAUCACCUGUAAUCUCAUGCCCCAUUUUAGAAGCCCCAAGUCUUAUAUCUUAUCAAAAAGUUAACAUGGCUAGGGGAGUAGCACUCAACCCAACACCCUAGAUUGUAUUAAUAAGCAAGGUUCCAUAAUCAAGUCUAAUAACAAUUGACCGUAACCAUAGGCUUAUUAAGAACUAUAGUUCUAUGGAUAAUCCCAAAACUCAAGGCCAAAUGGAGACCUAAGCUUUACAGGAUGGCCCAAAACUCAAGGCCUAUUGACAACCAAAUUGGACCAGGGUAAAAAUGAGAUCUUCUAUAAUUUUUCCUUUUAAAUAGAACAAAUGAGUUGUAGAUCUUUGAAAAAUAUGAAAAUUUAAGAAAAAGAGGAUAUAGUCCUAUGAAGAUGGUCAAAUAUGUUCUUCAUAUGAAAGCUCAGUGAAUGUUUUGUUAACUACUUCUUACAUUACUAUUGUUUAGACAUAAUUUUUUUUCAAUGGAUCUAAUGGCAGCUUGAUUUACGUUCUGGAGCUAAGAAAUCUUUAGCUGAUUAUCCUAAGCAGUGCUUGGCACUAAAAUCUUGUGACGUUAGUCCAAGUCGGCCUCAUCAUCUUCUUGUUGGUGGCAGGUGAUUUCUUUCUUGAGCAUUUGAUUCAAUUACUAAUUAUGACUGUUAUGACUAACUUGAGUAAUCCCUCUACAGUGAUGCAUUUGCCCGUCUCUAUGACCGAAGGAUGCUGCCCCCUUCGAGUUCAUGUCGAACUAAGAUGAAACCUCCAUCUUGUGUUAAUUAUUUCUGUCCAAUCCAUCUCUCAGAGCGUGUAAGUUUCAAACGUUGGUCCCUGUGAAUUAUGCUUGUAAUAUCCUCGUCUGUCAUUGAUUUUAUUUGGGUUGCAAGCUUCUAUCUUUUGUUAUCGUUUGGCAUAACUUUGGUUAUUUUACCUAACCUUUCUAAUUGUUCGAUUUUGUGAAGAUAGGCUGCUGUUCUUUUUUAUCAUAAGGCUAUUCCUGUCAUUUACACAGACAUUAAUUUGAUUUUGUUUCUAAUUGCUUUCAUUCUCAGAAACCUUCCAGCUUGCAUCUCACUCAUGUUGCUUUCAGUCCAAAUGGCGAAGAAGUGCUUUUGAGCUAUAGUGGGGAGCAUGCCUACUUAAUGAAUGUGAAUCACGGUAUUUUUUGCAACUAAUGUUACUUUAUGUAAUCUUACUGGUAUUUUCAACACCAUAUCGUCCUGGAAAAAGGCAGAUGAACAUUGCGUAGUUGAUUUUUAAAGGCGUUCAAUAGGAUGCAUGGUGCAUUAUUGUGGUCUUACAGUUGUCAUUUUGAUGAAUUCUUUUAGCUUUCAGUCCAAUUGAACGCUCAUCUUUUUAUCCCAAUCGCAGAUGAUUAGAAAAGUUCUAGAAAGGCAUUGAUUCUAACUCGGGUAUUCUAAACAUCAUCCUUACAGUAAGAAAAUGCCAUUUUCAUAAUUAGACUUUUUAUUUGUCUGGUUGUAAUGUAGAGUGCAUAAAUGUCGGAUGUCGAUGGCUACUAUAUCGUCUUUUGCAUUAAUUAGCUCAGAUGCUAGGUAGUGUGAAAAAGUGCAUGGUGUUAUCAGUCUCUUAUUUCUGCUUGAUCUUUAGCUUAUGAGGUACUUCAUUUAUGCACAUUUCUGGGGAUGCAUCUGUUCUUAAUUGAGGAACCAUUUAAUUAAUGCAUACGUCAUCUCAAGUAUGUUAUUAGAGAUGCUCUCAUAAAUAAGUAACCCUUACGCAGAAAAAACAGAGUUCGUAUAAAAUUUGCAUGUAUUGGAAUAUUCUCAGAGCAACAAGAAUAAUGAUCAUCUUUUCAAAUCUUUUGGUUCGCUGUUCUUGUCAAAAUUUAAUUGUGCAGCGAUUAUCUGUUUCGAUCCUUGGUCAUUUUCUUUUAUGAUUUGCUGUUUUAUGUUUUUAAUUAUUUACGCUUUCAGUUGAGGACAGUGGUAUGAGGUAUUGUGCUGAUGAUGUUCCAAAGAGGACGUAUUUACCUCCUGUACUUGGUGACCUAGAAGCUUUUCCCCAUCGGUCAGCGUCUUCUGAUGGUACUCCAAUAAAGAAGAGUUUUUCCACAAGGGUAAGAAAUUUCAAUAAGCUAUGUUUUUGCUCAUAUUUCUUUUCAUUUCGUUUGGCACAAUUUCAUAUCUGACAUUUAUUUCAAUGCAGCUUGACAUGCACACUAAAUUACUUAAAGUUGCAGCUCAGUCUCUGGCGAAGGAUUACAAUUUCUUACGUGGCAUUGAAGCUUGUAAUGAAGUACUUGAUGGAAGUGGUCCACAGAUUGAUGAUACCCUAAAGCAUGAGUGCUUGUGUAUUCGAGCAGCAUUGUUCCUUAAGGUGUGCCACCACUUCUUAGCGAAGUAGGCAUCCUCACACCUCUGACAUAUGCUCUAUUGACUUUUAUUUUUUCAGAGAAGCUGGAAAAGUGAUGUCUCUAUGGCUAUCAGAGAUUGCCAUGGAGCAAGAGGUAUAGACGUUUUGUCAUUCAGGCCAUAUUAUUACUUGGCAGAGGCACUAAAACAGGUACCCUUUCUGCCUUCUGAAAUUUUCAUUAUUUUAUUUUUUAUUUCAAAUCUAAUUUUUCUGGCUUUUCAUUAUUAUUCUAAAUGUAGUUAGGCAAAUACCAAAAUGCAUUAGAUUACGCAAUGGCAGCACUGUAUUUAUCUCCUUCAAAUCCAGAGGUUGCGGAGCAAGUAAAGGCCAUAAAAGAAAAAAUAGCUGCAGGUAUACAUUGGCAGAUUUCUUUUUUCUAUAUUCUUUCGGGCUACAAUGUUACAAUGUUACCUUGUCUACAUCCCUUGUACUGCAUUGUAUUUUCAUUGUAUGCGAUUUUGCUUACAAAAUUUAUGAUUAAGGUGUCACAAGAGAGUUGUAGAUUCUGCAAUUGUUUUCCUGUGGUUUUUGGUAUUUUAUCAUAUCUCAAAUCCUGCUGUUUCUUUAUAAAUCUUCAUCUCCCACUGUUUCCUGUAUGCAUUCCCCUUAGUUUUUGGGAUGGUUCAGAAUUGGCAUAUAUAAUGCCAGAAAAGUGUUUAACGCGCAGUGAUGUACAACCAUUUGCCUUUAGCCCAACAAUAAAUUUGUUGGAGAAGGAAUGUGAUGAUGCUUAUUCUAGCUCAGUGACCCUCCAGAAAAAUACUUAUGGCAAUGUCUGGAAUUUCGUUUUAAGAUGACAUGGGCAUGUAUGGAUGUUUUUGAGCAAUGAUUACUCUCUGCAAUAUAGAAUCGUACAUUUCGGUUCUGGUGCGAUUUUGUGGGAAAUGUAAUCGUCAUAUGUUAAUUCAUCUGGCUUAUCUUUUGUUGAAGCUUCAUCAAUGAAUAAUUCAUCUGUUGAAAUCGAACGCAUUUCCACACUAAUGGUCGUUUGCCUUUAUAUGUUUUUUGAUGAUUCUGUAGCUCAAAGUAGUAAAGAAAAUGAUGAGGUCUCGAAGUCUACAGCGGUUUCUGGAAGAAGGAAGAAGUUAAGUGAUGUCCUCUUCCUGUCAGAUGUUGCUGAUGAUUCUUCUCAAGCUAAUCUUCAGUCUGAAAGAGAGGACUCUGAUUAUGAUGAAAUGGAGUUGGACAUUGUAGCAUCAACAUCAGGAGAUGACAGUAUUGACGUAGAGUCAAGAACUUUUCGUCAAAGCUUGAAUUUAAUAUUUCAGAGGGAAACUGAAUCCUGCAGAGAUAAUGGCCAAAUUGACUGCUCAAAUGGAUCUCCUUCAGCAUCUAGUGAAAAGGAUACGAAUUAUGAGGUUUGUUUUGAACGAAUUGAUCACAUGUAAUUCUAGCCACUGCUAUGAUGAUUGGUUGUCUUCAUUUUUAGCCUUUCUUGUAAUGUGAUAAGCGUUUCUUUACCUUCCCUGUAAUGAGAAAUGCAUUGGUUUAUUCCCUAUAAUGAAUAGUUUCCUUUAGAUUAUACUUGGAAGGAAAAUAGUAACUCCGAUAUGUUUGGUUGUCUUUGCUGUAGACGUUUCCUGAGGAUAUGGAAUAGAAUGUGGCUGAUUAUUUGCAAUGAAUUGGGUGAGAAUUUCUCGAGUUAAUAUAGAUAGGUGUAUGGAACAAUUGAAAAUGGCUCUUUGGGGUUCGCAGUACUAAUACUGUAUAUGCAGUUCUACCAACGAUGUCAUAGAAAAAAAAAAAAAGAGGUUAUAUUUGCUUUCUGGAGUUUUUGUUGCUUUGAAAUUUUCUGUUUGUUUUGGUUAGUUAACCAGACACAACUUUGGAAUAAUCAUUCCAGUAUGCAUAGGCCUGAUCUCCAUAUUAAACUUUCCUCCAGAUUGAUUGAUUGAUUUAUAGAAAACAUUGGUGGCUCUAAACAUGUUUAAGAGAGUGAAUACCUUUUUCGCAACAUUGUCUUCCAUGUGUUCUUUAUAUUUCGUGGGGCUCCUACUCUCAUUGUCAAAUCGUUUUCAAUUAGAUGGCGUAAUGUUUUUGUUGAAGAAUUCUGAUAGACUGAAGAAGAAGCAGCAACUUAGAAACCCAUGGUUUCCAAGCUUGUCUCCAAGCUAAAUCCAACUGUUGGGCUGAACAACAUAGAUGAGUCUAAAUUAAGAAAAGAUAGAUAGGAGAUAAGGCAAGACUCUUCUCAGCGUUCCUCAAGAUGGGCAUUUAUAUCAUGUGCUAUAGAUUGUAUAAGACAUGCUUAAAUUGAUCCCAAGAGAUCCCCUUAAUCAUGAUAUCAGGAGUUAGAUCUGUAGAGCAAAUGUAAGGAACAUAUGGUUCUCUAGAGGCUACUUCUCUCUGAUGAAUUAAGAACCAAUCUUAAAAUGUUUUGUUUGAUCAUGUUGUAUUGGACUACUAGAAAUAUUUACGGUUGCCUUUUAUGUCAAUAUAACCUUAAUGAAGAAUGAAUCUAGGUCUGAAGAUCAUUAAGAGGAGUUCCUUAACCACAAUAUCUCUAUCAUGCAGUGUACUGUGCUAUGUUCCACGUUACUAGAUUUUUCACCGAAGUAGGUGCAAUAUCUUGUAGUUGCCUUUUGAUCAUUAUGUCAUCCAAUGCAAACAUCUCUUAACUGACAUAUUCUGACCGGCAAAAUAUAGUAUACCUUGCCCUGGAUCUGAUAUAUAAACGAAUUCCCUUGACUACCUUGGUGUAUGAAUUUAUUGGUGAAUGAACGAACGAACUAACAACAUUUACAAUUUAAGCCAUGCUAGGUCUAGUCAGGGUUAAUUAUAAAAGCUUACCCACCAGCUCUUAAUUUUUUUCCUUGACAACAUUAGAGAAAAUCUUGUUUUAACUUGUGCAAACUUCGAUUCACUUCAACAGGGAUUAUUGUAGAUUUGCACGUAAUUUACAUGUCUCUUUCAACAGAUUCAAGACGUAUUUCCCUUGGUAGAUGAAUAUUUCUGCAUUAGGUUUGCACAAAAUUUUGAGCAAGUAUUUCAGUCGCCCAAGUUUUAGAUUUCACAUUCUUCUUCUUUUUAAUUUUCGUACAUAUACGAUGAGACUUUUUAAGCUAUUCUAGGCAUCCUUUCUUGUGUGUAAACUUCUUUCAUAUAAACUUGCCUUGAGUUGUGUAUCUAGGGGGUAUUGCAUGUAAACUUCUUUCUGAAAAUCACAGUUUAAAGGUGCAUUUUUCACAUCUAGUUGAUGUACAUUCUAUGAAUAUUGUGUGGCAAAUGAAAUAAAAACUCUUACAAACUAUAAUUUUGCCUCGAAUGGAAAAGUUUCUAGGUAAACUAUUCCAUUUGUAUGUUAAUCUUUUCUCAGCCAAUCUUGCAUUUAAUCUAUUGAUGGUACCAUAUGUUUGACAAUCAAUAGUGGAUAUCCACUAGACACCAACUAGCUUCUUUCCUUUAGAGGAUUCACAGGGUUUGAUGUUUCAUUUGUCUUGAUUACUUUCAUUUUUUUCAUUUAUUGUAUAUGACCGCCUUGGAUCCUUCAUGGCAAUAAAAAGGGAAGUGAGAAAAGAUUAGGUGGAACCGCUUUGAAUCUAGGCUGAACAUAGUGGACAGUGCCUCAUAUUGGUAAUGAUGUUCUACCAUGCUUAGCCGUCUAAUACACAUGAUUUUAAAGUAACUCAAGAUAUAUUUGACAAAAUGAACGAGACGACUGUCGAGAUGAGGAUACCACUGAAAUAUAUAUUUUUGUGGUGAUGAUCCACGUCACCAAUUAUCCUUUGCAUUCGGGAAAAAGGCUUCGUUUGGAUAGAGUUUGUUUUAUUAAAUUUCUCCUCUCCAUUUUUUAUUAACACCUAUAUGUAACAAGGUGCGAUAGUUUUUUGAGGCAUCAAACCUAAUUCUAUCUAAUAUUAUUCUAGGAACCUUCUACUAAUCAUUGCAUGGUUUCCAUUUAUGGGGUGGGUGGUCCUCAACCUGUGAAUAUUGCAGUAUUUCACUUCAAAUAGUUUUCUGCAAAAUCAUUGUGCACAAAACUCAUGGAAUGAAGAAUCACUCUACCAUGGGGAGUAUCUAAACGCAAUGGAGCCAACGUGGGCAUUCCAAGAAAAUCUGCAAGGCGUAUUCUCACAAAUGUGACAGUUUUUUUUUUGGGCACUGCGAUAAUUUUGAUUAUUCUCCCAUAGUAAAAUUCAGAAUAACUGUAGGUGGGCUUAAUUCUUCUCUGGCUCCCAUUUAUUUUCCAGCAUCCAUGAAAUUCCUGUUGAAUAAUAUGGUUUUUCGACUAAUUUCAGGAAUGAACAUAUUAAUUCCAAUGCCAAUUUUUUUAGUGCCGGAACAUUAUUACAGCUGCUACAAUAACGAUUACCAGUGAACUGAAUGACCAAGAGACAACAUUACAAUGAUUCUUAAUCUAGGAAAAGUGUCAUCAAUGUGCUCCAGGUCUCUGUUAAACAAGAGAGGGAGAUCUUCCCGAUAAAGAAACCUUGCAAAUCAAAAUUUCUACUUUUAAGUCAAAAGGCCUAGUGACAGUAUUUAAUUGGCUCUUUAAAAUCAAUGAAAUGCAGAAGGAAAAUCUUAAUAAAAUAAAUAAUUUCAAAUCUUCUGGACACUAAACGACAUCCCACUUGGCUGAACGGAAAUACAAGACAUGCAGUGAUCUCCUUUACUUCGAUCCUCAUUCAGUGGCACAUUUUCCUCUAUCUGGCCUCGGAAUCGUAGAUCUUUUAACCUGAUUCGGCUAAUAUAAGAUUGUCAUCUGGUCAGUUUUCCAAUCUUUCUGUUACAAAUAAUUUUCUAUCUUCUUUGUCGUGAUUUCAAAUACAGCAUCACUGAUAGAAAUUUUGUGAGGAUCUUCCCUAGUCAAACAGAUUUCAAAUAUAGCAUCAUCUGGGUCAGAAUCUUACUAGCAAGAUUCUUCCCAGAAAAAUCUUUGUUGUCUCUUCUUGUCAAAUAGAUUCAAAUGUUUGAUAGAAAUUAGCGCCCUGUUCCUGAGCGGUGUUUAUUUCUUACAUGUUUUAAAAUUUUACGCAUUCUGCAUGUUGUUGCUGCAUUUCUUUGUUGUGAGUUACUGAUUUUUGUAAAUGAUUCCUAAUAAAUAUGUAUAGCACUUCUAGCUCGUUCUUUUCAGAACACUGACAUAUUUCCAAUCUAGGCAGCUUAUGGUGCCACAGUGUUUCGAGCAUCUGCAGUCUAUCAUGUUUUCUUGCUUUCUUUGUUUUAUUAUUCUCAAAUUAAUCGUAGAAUGUGAAUAUAUAAGGACUGUUCUUAUGCACAACAGUACUAGUGGUAAUUCACAACAAAGCCUCAAAACAACGUGUUCAACCCUGAUGCCUAAUAUUGACCAUGAGUUCCUGUGUUGUAUUUUCUAACUGAAAGGAUGCUUAGAUCAUAUUAUGAUAGAUUUUCGUGAUAUGCGGAUCAGCUGUUCUCAUGUUUUUAGAACUCUCUCCUCACUUGAGAGAGCAGAUUCAUAUCUGAGGACAGAGGUCCACAUCAACUGGUCUUCAAUAUCUCAGUAUCCUGUUCUAAUCCUUUUCCAAUUAGUGAUAUUCUAUGUAAAGCCCUCCAAAUAAUCACUCUCUUCUAAUGCACUAGGGAUUCUUAAAACUCAAAUUUCUCUCUUGGCUUGAACCUGCAGAGUUCUCAGUUUCUGUGAUUGUGAUCUCUUGAUCAUCUUCUUCUAUUGGCUACCAGCUUUGUAUCCAGAAACCUACAAGAAGACUUAAUCACACUUACGUAGAUGAGCUGAAAUGUGAUCCUUGUGUUGGCUGUCUUAUAAAAGUUUUAACAUUCGAAAGAUCUCCCUUCAGAGAUUGUUUUUCGGUCCUUAUCGUUAGUUAAGCUUUUAUUGGCUACCAUGUUUCUUUUUCUGCUUUUUCUAUACUUUGACCCUAGAAUACAAGACAAUGGGCUAUAAAUAUAGGCUUGUGGGCUGAUUUCUUUUGGAAAACUACAGUUGGUAAGUUGAAUGCCUGAAGUUUUUUCUGUUUCCUCGCUGAGUGUGAUUCUUUGAUCUCCAGUGUGAAUUUGGAAUUGACAUGAAGCAGAGAUAUGUUGGCCACUGCAAUUUGGGGACAGAUAUCAAGCAAGCGAAUUUCCUUGGUCAACGAGGUAAGUAGAUGAAUACCAUAUUUUCCUUGACAUUCGAUUCACAAAAAUAUGCAUGCAGAGAAUAUUUAAUGCACCAAAAACGAUCAUAGCGAUAAGACUGCUGUCACUACAAGUUUUAAAUCAUGCUUAACUUUAUUCAUUGCUCUAUCAUAACAUAGGCCUUGUCUUUAGCUCACUCACUUCUUUCUCUGAUUAAACCAUAAUGUUAAUCAAAACAUAGAACGUCGGGUGAUCACCGUCAUGACUUUGGUCACAUUGAAGCUCAUAUGACGUGGGCAUUCAGGUCUUCAGUAUACCAUGCAUAGUUUGUUACGAUGUGAGUUUUAUUUAUUUGUGUAUUUUGACAUUUUUGGACUUACAGUCUUCUGCCGCUCUGAGAAAAGAUAUUCUUAUCAGGCCCACUUAUGGGCUUUUACUAUGUUUGUUCAUAUAUAAGGCCUCCUGGAUGAUCAUAGUCGUAUUAUUUUCAUUCCAUCUCUAGAGUGUAGCUUUCCAAGGUCAGUAAACUUAUUCUUAUGCUACCACAGCUGAUUGUCCUGAUCCUACUUAUGCAUGCAGUGGCUUUGUUUAUCUUCCACAGUUUGUGCACGUAUGUUAUUGAGCCUGCAAUCACGUAACUGCAUGUUCCUAUGAUUGCGGGAUUUGACUUCUAGAUUUGGGCCGACUUGUGGUUUGAGGCUCCAGUGUGGAUUAAGGUCACUUAUGUAGCUGUGCAGAUGUGUAUAGUCGUUGGCUUGACCUUCUUGGGUGGGGGGCACCAUGUUACUGCCUUCGCAUAGGUUACUGGGCUUAAAGCCUGGAAUUCUCUUACUUACGUAGCUAUGCAUAACAUGGAGAAGGGCAUGAACUUUUUAAUUUGAGAUCUGUUGAGAAAUAUAGAUUCAUUGAGAACACAGACAAUGGAAGACAGAGGGAAGGAAUGGCGGAAACCGCUCUAACCCACCCAUCAAAGCUACAGAUUUUGGACUCAAAGCCUUCAUGCAGGCCUAGUAAGUAACUGGAUAGGUUUUAGGUUUCAGGACGCAUAUUUUCACAAUGCGUUGAACAGGAUAUAUCUUGUAGAUAAUCCAACCUUUUACUUACCCUUGGAUCACAUCAAAUGCUUACGCAUCAUCAAUAUUGUGGAUGAGGUAAAAGGGGAACAGUCUACUGCUGCGGUGAUCCUUUUUUCUGUGUUUUUUAUUAAACCUUCUGCUUCUCCGUUCCAUCUGUUUGCAUAUUAAUUGUUUUCAAUGAAUUUUCUCUUCAGUUGUACUUGCUUCAACACCAAGUUUCAGUCAUUUAGAUAUAAAGAAGCCAAGAUAAAAUCUUUAAUCUAUAAAUUAUUAAUAUUUAUUCACCUUCAGAUGUGAUCCUAAUGGGAAUGCUUUCAAUACAUAUAACUUGGAGUGCCGGCUCUUCAAUUAAUUACUCUUGCAAAGGGUGUUUAGGUUAUGCCUAACUUUGCUUAUAUAGCGUACACUUUGAUCAGGUGAAUUCAUUGCUAGUGGAAGUGAUGAUGGAAGAUGUUUUAUUUGGGAGAAAAGAACCGGAAGGCUGAUAAAAGUGCUUCUUGGAGAUGAGGCUGGUACUGUCACUUAUUAUAUUCUAAUGACAAGAGAGGGUUUUAUUGGGCCAUUAUCUUUUUCUGACCUAUGCUAAGGUGGAUAUCUUCUUCAGUUGUGAACUGUGUGCAGUGCCAUCCUUUCGAUUGUACAGUCGCCACCAGUGGGAUUGACAACACAAUCAAAGUAAGAUUAUGAAAUACUUUUCUAUUGCUGUAUUAAGAUACAAAUGGCAGUAAUUUUUUUUAAAAAAUGGAGAUAAAAAUAAUACCCUCUUGCAGUUGUGGACGCCGCACGCUCAAACGCCGGCAAUCAUCGGAGGAACUUCCUGUCCAGAGACUGCAGAGGUUCUGAGUGUUAUAUCUCGUAAUCAGCAGAAAUUAUUGCUAAAUCGUGAAACGCUGUAAGUAUGUAUUUUUUUUAUAUUGCAAUUUUGUUGCCCUUAGACAGAGGGCUGCUGUGCCGACUGGUGUAGAAUCAUAUACAGCUUUUGUUCUCUUCAACCUGAAAAAUGCCAUUUUUUUAGUCGUUCAUUUCUUGAUUCAAUGCCAUGUCUUUUUGAGUCUUGCACUCCAUGCUCUAAGCGCAACAUUUGCAUUGCAUAGGCCGUUUGAGUUCUUGGAGCGUUUAGGAAUGAAUGAUAUUUCUGAAGGAAAUUUCCACCCUUUUGAGUGUGCCCAGAGUUAA